AUGAAGUUGUCAGUCAUCGUUGGGUUUGCAUCAAUUGCCGCCUCGUCUGCCUGGGUUCCAGUGUCUUCCAUGACAAGAGCCUCCAGAACUGCUCUUCCGAUGGCCAUUGAUUACAACGAUCCUGUUGUUGCCGCAGAAUUUGCCAAUGUCCAACCCUUGACCUACGAAGAGGUCGAAGCUGAAUUGCAAGAAUGUGGAGUUCGGCCAUCUGCUGCAAUGAACGAGAUGGAAGUUAAAUUGAUGUUGGUUGAGAUGAGAAUGCGACUUUCUGGGAAAAUGUCAGGUGAAGAACCCAAGAAGCAACCCACCAAAUUUUCUUCCAAGCUUGAAGAGGCUCUUUGGACCAAGCCUGUAUUCGCAGACCUGUACAAUGGUUUCAAGGAAAAGGACGACCACAACUCUAUGAACGUCAUUGCAGAAUACCUGAAUGAUCCAAAAAUGGCCAGAACCCGAUAUGAAAAGACUUACAAGGGAUUGAUUCGAAAAAUCGACAAGGCCAUGACUGCACCACCACCAGUCAACAGCCCAACGCUCCAAUUUUCUGGAUUCCCAGCAAACAUGGGAGAAGCUGGGUGUAAAAUGACGCUAGAAUCACUCGGUGCUAUUGCUGACUUUGAGUGUGCAGAGGAUAGCGAUUUCCCCGUCUUGACAGGAAAGGUUACUUUUGAAGAUAUCGAAUCUGCAAAGAAGGCCGUUGCACAAUAUCACGGAAUGGAUAUGGGAAUGGGAACAUCUCUUCAGCUAGUUUCUGUUUAA